AAUAGCAUGUAUAAUUUGUAAACAAAGCAAAGGACACAACUGACAGAAGUUGUGUAAAUUCUGAAUACUCAUGAAUGUAAAUAGGAACGAAGAUUGCAGUGAACCAGUCGCUAAAAAAGUCUGUUUGACGUCGAACAGUGAUCAAGAAUUGCAAACUGGUGAGACGUCAGGCUCGGAUGCUGCAUUUGAGAAGCUUGAGAAACGUUUAUCUCUAGUCCUUAGAUGUACAGUUUGUUUGGAUCUUCCAAAAAGCUCGAUUCUUCAAUGUGCAAAUGGUCAUCUAAUGUGUGUGGGUUGUCUUAGCCAUCUCUUAGCUGAUGCUAGAUUGAGAAAUGAAAUGGCAUCUUGUCCAAAUUGUCGAACUGAUAUUACAGAAUCACUAUGUAUACGUAACUUAGCUGUUGAAAAGGCUGUGUCAGAAUUACCAAUAGAAUGCAAGUUUUGCAAUGAGUUGCUCCCACGAUUUUACGUUGACAAACAUGAAAAUGAACAAUGUGUUAAAAGAGUGGUCUCAUGUAAAUACAAGAAAAUAGGAUGUGUUUGGCAAGGUGCUGCACAGUUUGUUACUGAACAUGAAGGAAAAUGUGCAGAAGCAAGAAAGACCGGCUUUGAAAUCAUGGAAGGACUGGAAAAGUUAUCAAGAAAAGAAGAGAACAGAUUAGACUUGUAUCGGUCAUUAUUUGCCCUUCUUUCCUAUGGUAAAACAUGCAUACAUGAUCUCCAACUACAACCACGAAGGUCAGAUGAUUACCUUCCUCAGUUGUAUUAUCAAAGUACUCGUUUUUCUUCAUUUGGAAAAGAUUGGAUGGUUAAGUCUCAAAUUGUGGGUAAUGAAAAUUGUGUAACACGCAGUUUCACUUUUCAGCUAAUUCUCUCAACAAGGAGUGAUAUAUUUGUGAAGUUUGUAUUUGUAAGAAGUCCAUUAGGAGAUGUUGAUAUUGAACCUACGAUAUUUCAACAUGAAUUUACUCAAGACAGUACAGAAUCUCUUGAGCAUAAUUUACCCAUAUCAAAAAAUAUUGACAUGAAUAAACUUCUUGCUGCAAGAAUUGUACCAGUAAGGCUUGUCAUGUUUUUAGGAAAGUCAUAAUAAUAGAGUUACUAAGUUUAAUGGUAAAAAUAUGUUUUAUUGGCAUUGUAAAGCAUCAGAGUUGUAUUUUAAAAAUUUGACAGUAAAAACAUUCUAUUUUA